CGCCCACACUAAAGAAAAUGUCACCCUGGAGCACGUACAGCACACAACGGGGGGGGGACGGGCCCGAAGCUGCAAGCUUUUGCACCUCACCUGUACAUGGCGUCUUGCAUUACCUCACCGGGGGGGAAGGUGGUACCCCGUAUCUUCGCGUCCUCCUCUCGCCUUGUGUGUCUCUUGUCUUUUUGCCGUACUCUGCUAUUGUAAGUGUUGUUCUUGGCCGGCGAAUACUCGUGCUUCCCCGGAGAAGUCGCACAUUUUUUAGUCCAUUACUGGGAGCUGGCUAUUAUUCCAAGCGUGUGCAUCCUCUUCUCGUGGCUGUUGCUGAUGCUGGGGUGCCCCAAAUGCACCCAUCGUCGCGCUGGUUGCCAUCCUGAUGCUCUGGCGAUACUUCCGCUGGACUUCCAGCGGGGUGACAACGGCGAUGGGAUGCUUUUUCUCUCGUAUCUGUGCUGGUUUUCUUCAAAUGGCGACACCCACAUUUUCUGGUGCUGCACCACCACACAUCUCAUUAGCGGGUAUGGCCUUGUUGCCCAAUGAGCUCCCUGCAAUGGGUAGGCACCUUUUCCUCCCGCCUGAGUGGCUUCCGCUUACCGCGACCUGGGGGGGAAAAAGAGGGAAAAAGAACACGACACACCUGAGCACGAACAACAGCGACCGGGGGAUAGGCACUGCACUGCCCCUCUGGCCCCUCUCUCUGCCCCGUUCCUUUUCCCGCGUUGUCCUCCUCGUCAGCUCUUAGCCCAUCUUACUGACUG